GGAGGGGGAGGAGUAGGAGGAGGGGGUGGCCUCGCUGCUAUGCUUGCCGGGGCAAAGCCUCUGAAGAAGACUGGAAAGGCGAGUGAAGGAGGAGGAGGAGGUGGCAGCGCAGCAGGUAACGGAGGGAGCAAACCACCGAUCGGCGGCAGCAGCGGCGGUAACUUUAUGAGUGAGAUGCAGGCGACGCUACGCAAGCGACUCAAGCAAGUGGAGCAGGUGGAGCCGACAAACGAGGGUGAUUCAGUGUCGCCGAACGAAUCUUCCACGCCACCUGCUGAGCUAGAGAAACCAUCUUGGAAGAAGAAUAGUAAUGGCAGCAGCCCGGUGAAGACCGUGCCACCUGCGUUGAAUGGCUUGGAAUCUCCGAAAGCUGCUAAAAAAUUCCAGGUCGGCUCUGCCAUUAGCUCCUCCUGUGAUCUCCUGACAUCGAACGGUCCCGGGGACAUGGCUCCGGAUCUGGAGCAGCUCAAGCAGGAAAUCCUGGAGGAGGUGCGGCGCGAGAUGCAGAAGGUCAAGCUAGAGAUCAUUGAAGCAAUCAAGGAGAUGGGUAAGCGAUAAAAUCGUGCCACAACGUCGUUCGCCGCCAGGUGGAGCCACGCACACAGUCCGCUCGAACGUCGGCUAUCUCCGGGGUUGUCUCCGACGACACUGCCGCCUAGUAGCAACACUGCAGCUUUCAACUCGUCACGUCGCAGCUAUCAGUCUCCCACGAUGUAAGGAAGGACGUGUGAGAUCGGGUGAGCGUAUGAUUUCUCACCGGCGCGCGUGCACGCGAAUCCUCGUGCGUCGUCGAGGUCAUACGUUCGUAGCGGGCGGUGUUAGUCUGACCGCUUCGCCGUUAGUCCGGCAACGCCUUACCGUAACUGACUCCUUCACCGUUUCUCUCCUUAAUUUACCAGAAUGCAAACGCUUGAUCACGUUUAUGAUUGCGUGCAACGAUUAGUGUGUGUGAGGGCGAACGAAAUGCCGACCGUUCAGUCGCGAAUGCAUGCAUAUAAUUUGGCGGCGGGGUGUACGCGCAGGCGGGGACGCAGCAUUCACAGUUGUAUCACUGUAAAUAAUGUUGAUAAUGACGAGUGGGCACUGCGGUCGAUUUUUGUACAAAGUGCCUAAAAUCGCUGGUAUAUCACGUUUUUGCGAUAGUUUUGCGGCAGUGCACUAACGUGCGCGCGAGAGAGCGAGAGAGUGUUCGCGUGUGCAUUGUGUCACGAUUUGUGAUGAGUAAUUGUUAUAAGGCUCGUAUCGCAUUUGGACGUUAUUGACACAAACACAGACACAAACACCUACACACACACUCUCUCACACACACACACACACACACACACACACACACACACACACACGCACACACGCACACACACACACACACACGCACAUACGCUCACACACUAACACAGUAUUACUCCUCGCGUGAUCUAGUAAUGAAGCAAGGCAUCCAGGGUAUAAGCCGGAAUAGGUGAUUCUCUUUACAGUCAAACCUGUGUUAGCAGGCACCUCUAUAGAACGGUCACCUGUCUAUAAAGAAAAUCUUUUAGGCUUUCCCUUAAAUGGCCCUUAUAUGCAGGUUUGCCUGUGUUAUCAUUAUCCAUCAUUACAAAUGUCAUAUUGUCAAGUUCAGUGCUGACUGUAAUAUGCUGUCUGGGACUAAAUAGGGUAAGUUAAUUAUGUCAGGCGGGGGCUGUAGGGGGCACCACCUGUCGAACCAGUAUUUCUGCGUAUGGCCGGAGACAGUAGAACAUGCAUUCUGAUUACUGAGGGCAAAGUCGCCAUUUGUUAUGUUUAAUUAACGCAUUAUUGUGUACAUCUCGCGUCUCUUCAAUGCGCAACAGGUAAUGCUGAAUUCAUAGACCUGCCUCUAUACGUCCCAAUGGGUAAAAACACGUGGCAUCUGGUGCCAUCUGUAGGUACGAAACGAAAGCAUCUUGCAAACUGGAAUGCCAGACGCGUUCCGAUAGCUUUCUCACUGCGGCGUGUUGCCAGUAGUAACUAGUGUAGCUGUGUUCUAGUAAUUUCUUCAUCCCAAAUGAAGGGUGCGUGUGUAUAGCAAGAGAGGUGGCGAUGUGUUGAGACAUCAUUAUGCUUGACCAACAAUCGAUCGAUUCUACCGGACUGUGAUUUUCAUGUAAUUGGGAGUAAAUAAUAACAUCGCUAUUAUUAUUAAUAAAACUAAUAAUAUUUACCUAUUAUUUACUCCUGACGUAGUCGUAGAACGCUGCUCCGCGCAUGCGCACGCGCGGGCCGUUACAAUUUCUCGGCUUUUUGUAAGAUGUCUGUUGUGUUGUCAUGGUAACGCAUCAGCGUAUGCUCGUGUCGGUUAAUACGCUAGCUCAGCAGUGUUAACGUAACACACCACUUCACGCAGCGUUGCUCUUGUUAUUACGAUCGCGAAUUUCGUGCGCGAUUAAAAUUCCAACAGUAAGAUGA